GGCAGAAGUGGCAGCAUGCCCAGAGCUCACCGGGGGAGAAGACUUCCCAGCCCUGCACCCGGUACACUGCAUCUGAAUGAAACUAUGAAUUUAAGAAUGGGUCACCACCUUUCCCAGCAGUGCUGAAUCCGAUGGAGCUCACGUGCAGAGGUCAUGGCUCCAAACAGUGCUCAGCCAGCACAAACCGGAGCUUCAUCCAGAAAGGAGAAUGAAGAUGCUGUUGAGAAAGCGCAUAUUUGCGGAGGCCCCAAGGCCAAGAGGCAUCAGAUGUCCAACAGCAGCUCCAUCACCAAGUUCCUUCUCCUGCCAUUUGCAGUCACACGGGAGCUGCAGCUCCUGCACUUUGCGCUCUUCCUGGGCAUCUACCUGGCUGCCCUCCUCGGUAACGGCCUCAUCCUCACUGCCGUAGCCUGCGACCACCGCCUCCACACCCCCAUGUACUUCUUCCUCCUCAACCUCGCCCUCCUCGACCUGGGCUGCAUCUCCACCACUGUCCCCAAAGCCAUGGCCAAUUCCCUCUGGGACUCCAGGGCCAUCUCCUAUGCAGGAUGUGUUAUACAGGUCUUUCUCAUUGUCGUCUUGUUUUCAACAGAGCUUUCUGUUCUCACCAUCAUGUCCUAUGACCGCUACGUUGCCAUCUGCAAGCCCCUGCACUAUGGGACCCUCCUGGGCAGCAGAGCUUGUGCCCAGAUGGCAGCAGCUGCCUGGGGCAGUGGGGUUCUUUAUGCUCUGCUGUACACGGCCAAUACAUUUUCCCUGCCCCUCUGCCAAGGCAAUGCCUUGGACCAAUUCUUCUGUGAAAUCCCCCAGAUCCUCAAACUCUCCUGCUCACACUCCUACCUCAGGGAAAUUUGGGUACUUAUGGUUGCUAUCUGUUUAGCAUUUGGCUGUUUUGUUUUCAUUCUUUUUUCCUAUGUGUGGAUCUUCAGGGCUGUGCUGAGGAUGCCCUCUAGGCAGGGUCAGCUCAAAGCCUUCUCCACGUGCCUCCCUCACCUGUUUGUGGUCUCCCUCUUUGUCAUCUCUGGCUUUUUUGCCUAUCUGAAGCCCCCUUCUAUCUCCUCCCCAACCCUGGAUCUUUUGGUGGCAGUUCUGUACUCGGUGGUGCCCCCAACAUUCAAUCCCCUCAUCUACAACAUGAGAAACAAGGAGCUCAAGGGUGCUAUUAGGAAAGGAAUAUCAUGGAUAUUUCUGAAUGGUGAUAAACUUCCCCUCUUUCUCCACAAAUGACUUCCUGGAUAUAAUUUGAAGGCCUGGUACUUGUUUCAUUAAGAAUAUUGGUAUUUUUAUCUUUAUCCUUAGUUUCAUUUCCAUUUAUUACUUAGAAAAAAAAGGCUUAUUAUUCAUCCAGCAUCUCCUGAAGUAUUAAACUGCGCUGUUUACUCUGCACAGUUUUUCCCUCCCUGCAUGUCAGCAUCAACUCUCCUUUAGCAUCUGCUUAAUAAAACAGCAUCUCUCCAAUGCA